AUGGCGGGCGGCCCGGCCGCGCUCGCCCUCGGUGUCCUGCUGGCCGCGUGCCACGCGCUGGACAACAGCACGGCCGGCCGGAGCGCUCCGGUGGCGGCGGCCGUGCGGUCGCACUUCCACGAGUGCCCCGACUCGCACCGGCACUUCUGCUUCCACGGCUCCUGCCGCUUCCUGGUGCAGGAGGAGAAACCCGCCUGCGUGUGUCACUCGGGGUACGUGGGGACACGCUGCGAGCACGCUGACCUGCUGGCCGUGGUGGCAGCCACCCAGAAGAAGCAGACCAUCACGGCCCUGCUGGUGGUGGCCGUGGUGGCCUCGGCGCUGCUCGUCACCGUCUGCGUCCUGGUGCACUGCUGCCGCCUGCGGAAGCGCUGUCCCUGUCCCUGUCCCUGUCCCGGUUGGUGCCGCGAGCCCGGAGCCGGCCCCGAGAAACCGGCGGGGCUGCUCAAGGGGGGAGCGUCCUGCUGCCACAGCGACACAGGUGUGUGA